CCUGCUGACGAGAGCUUCCACUCCCGCGGUAUUGCUUUCUGACGAGCACCGGCUACUGACCUCCGACGGCUGAGAUUCCUCCACGUGGCACCAAUGGGAGGUCACUGCAGCUUGACAGCGAUUCGCCGAUGCCGACCCUUCUCCGCCCUUCCCUCCUCUCCUCCAUUUCACUGCUGCUCCCCUCACCCAUGCGCUCCAUAGAAGAAGGAAAGAUUCGGAGGAGGAGAGAGUAAUAUAUGUUUACCAGAUGAGUACCAGUCCCGAUUUCUAGCUAUCUUUUAGAAUCAUUUCUCAGUGCUAAAUUUAUGUUUACGGUCCUUUAAUUCAUGUAAAAAUACCAUUCUUGUAGGGAAAGAGAUUAGUGCUGCGGCACCAUAAUCCUAUUUCCUGCAUUAGAAUGAUUCAAAGAUGGAAUUUUUCCACCCAAAGUGCCAUCUUUUAGAGGACCAAUGCUUUGAUUUGCUUUCGAAUCCUGAAAGAUGACACCUUUUUUAUUAUGAUCGCUGGUUUUCCCCUAUAUUGGGCGGCCAGUUCUCGUUCUUAUAGCCGAUGGAUAGCGCACAGGGGGGCAUCAACCACCUCCCUGCUGGCCCAGGGCAUUCUCCUGUGCCGGCACCAAGGGGCCCGGACAAGGGGAAGAGGGACGAGUGGAGUGAGAGCGGUGUGUUGUGCUUGCUAGAGGUUUAUGAGUCAAAGUGGCUCCUUCGGAACCGGGCGAAGCUGAAGGGGAGCGACUGGGAGGACAUAGCACGCCAGGUGUCUGCUAGGUGCUCGGGAAGGAAGGCGCUUAAGACCCCCGCUCAGUGCAAGAAUAAGAUUGAGUCAAUGAAAAAGAGGUACCGGGCAGAGUCGGCGGCUGCUCAUGAACCAAAAUCAUGCUCUUCGUGGCAGUUCUAUGCCCGUAUGGAUGGCUUGCUGAAGGGGCCCCCAGAUUGCAUGGCUCAGACUAAGUCCAAUCAUAAUAUCAACCUUCAAGCUUUGCCAAAGGUGGCGGCGGAGGUCGAAGUCGAGGGGCGCUUGAAGGAUAGCAACCAAGAUGAUGCGUCAAACGCAUUGCCAGUUGAUGCUAAUGCUGUCAACAAAGACAACGACAGUAAGAAAGAGAGUAAGGGUGAUAGCGAUGCGAGUGCCCCAAGAAACAAGGAGGCGAAUGCCGAGGAUGGGGCAGGGAAGGAUGGGAAUCCGUCCAAGAAGAGGAGGAAGGGAUCAGGAGAUGAGGUGGCAGAUAGCAUUAGGUUGCUGGCUCAAUCGAUUUUGAAAAUUGAGCAGGCAAGGAUAGAGAUGUACAAGGAUUCUGAAAGGAUGAGGGUGGAGGCAGAGAUUAAGCGUGGGGAAAUGGAGCUCAAGAGGACAGAAAUUAUAGCAAAAACCCAGCUGCAGAUUGUGAAGCUUCUCGCAAAGAAGUCUCGCGGGAGAAGCAAUAAGAGUGAGGGCUCAUCUUCAAGAAUUGAACUCGAUAUGCUACCAAGGAGAGAUGGAAUGGUAUGCCAUGUCCAUUGGACAACUUCUGGGAGCUCAUGGCCAUGCACGAACAGUAUUCUGCUACUAAUUACAGUAAUUAUGACACAUCAAUGACUACUAUGCACCAUCACCUGUCAAUAGAAGAAGAAGAUGUGGCAUUUGAUGUAGGUGGGAAACUUAGUCAGAAAUGUUGGACUAGAUUUAGAAAGUUGGCAUACAAAUCCUGAAGUACUUAUGCAAAAUCUUUGAUGGCAAGGAUUUUUAUCUCUAAUACCAGGAACAAAAAAAAAAAAAAGAAAAACAAAAAGCUGGAUCAUUUGCCCAGUAUAUGCAUUUAUGAGGUUGAAUCUGAAUGAAAAAGGAGGACAAAGAAGUGCAUGGAAUUUGGCGAACACAAUACAUGGAAUUUGCUUUGGUGGCACACUUCUUAUCUCUGCUAUUAAGUUUAUGGCUACUCCACCAUGAGAAAUAGAAGAAUAAAAAAUUACUUGAGAAAAGUAGGGGUAUUUUCCCCCUAUCUCUCCCUUUCUCCUUUCAUAUUCUCUUUUGCUCUGUCAUAUUCUCUUUUAUCCUUACAUGAAGGCAGGGCAUGUUGUCUUCCAUUUACAUUUGUUGGAUGUAUUGUUUGUGGAUUCGAUUACUGGGCUUUGUCCUGGAAUUCAAUCUGAAGAACGUUUUAUUCUGGUCAUGUUUGAUUCUGUGAAUUCUAUCUAUCAACGGUCAGCCGUGCAUUUACGUGUGGAGGCUCAGUUAAUCUCAUGAAAUUUAUGUGUGUGGACAAUCCUGUUAGGUAGAAAUUUAAAUUAUCUCAUGAAAUUUAUCUGCAUGGAGAAUCAUGUUAAGCAGAAAAUUAAAUUGGUGAGCGCAUCUGUGCUCCUCUCCUUCAUGAUUAAGGAAAUUUAUCUGUGUGGAGAAUCAUGUUAAUCCGAAAAUUAAAUUAUCUCAUGAAAUUUAUCUGUGUGGAGAAUCAUGUUAAGCAGAAAGUUUAAUUUGCGAGUGCUUCUAUGCUCCUCUGCUUGUUUUUGGUUUGGUUAUACUCUUUUCUUUAAAUUUGUUUAAAACUAUGUGCUAAUGUUUGUAAGAAAUAUAGCAAACGUUUCAGAUUUCAAGUUUGUGUUCAGGGAAUUAUCAUGGAUGGGCAGAGUUACAUAACUUUUACUUAUGACAGGCUUCCAUGUGUUGGAAAUGGAAUAAAAGUUAUCACUCUUUCUAACUUGUACUGUUAUCUGUGGGCCGGAACUGGAGAAAGAAUAUCCAAACGAUGGAAUAUGUUUAUCUGUUGACCUAGCUCUUUCAGUUCCGUUUUCAGUACACCUAGUAACAGGCAACUCCAAAGGUCAGGUCAGGUUAAACGAGUUAGGCCAAUUUUUUAACAAUUUAAAUAGAUUUAAACAUGUUAAAAAGGUUAAGCAUGUCGGAUUAAAUAUAAGUUAAGUAUGUUUUAAACAGUUAAAACAGGUUAAAUAUAUCAGAUCAUAAUUCGAUCUAAUUAUCAAAUAGAUUAAAUAGGUUAAUCCAAUUCAUUUAAUAAACAUAUUUAGGUAGGAUGUUUUAUUUACGAUUCAAAUUUAUUUAUGUCAAAUCUAAAUUUGCUUGAAGCAGGUCAUUCUUAGGUAGGUUGGGUCCAAAAUUACCACUUUUAGCCUGAGCAAGUUUCGGUCACAUGGCAUGCCGUCGGUAUUCGAUGAUGCAUUUUGGCAACAAAAUGCCACAGCAGUUGUUGCAUAUGCUUUGAGCGAAUGCUUGGCGAGGGUCUUAGCUAUUGGAGGCAAAUGUAUCUCCCUCUUUUUUGUGGGGUUAUAAUAUUGGACUGCCAAAUUUGUGUGUGGAGGUAAACUUCCCCGUUCAUUUAUUGUCACCAGUGCCCGGGACAAGGAUUCCUGCCUUUUUAUACAUGGUGGCCCCAAAUUUGCAAAUGGGUCGGAUUGACUCAUAAUCUGACCUGCUUAGAUCGGACCUGAUCCAUUUUGGAAGACGGUUAGGUUUUAAAAUUAGACAUGUUUCAUUUUUUGGAUCGAGUUUGGAUUUAUUGAAUUCAGACCCGACCCGACUCAUUUGAAAUUAGGAUAAUUUUGGAUUUUCAAUCCUACGAUCGACUCGACCCGACCUGAAUAUGUAAACUUAUUUAGGCUCGUGGGCUGCAGCCUGCGGGGUGCAAACAAAUUCUGAAGCCAUGGAUUGGUUGAUUCAAAUCGGACCCGACUCAGAUCCAAAGUGGAUUUAAAUUUUUUGGGUUAGAUCUAGAUUAUACAUAGAUCCAACCCGGCCUAAAUAACUCGUUGGGUCAAAAAUUGUAGCAGCUGAUCCGAUUCGAUCCAAUGCAAUCUUCUAUGAGUUGGAUCUGAGUUCAAAAUUAGAACCCAAACAAGAAAUCGGAUUGGAUCAAGUCACUCAUGACUUUGAUUCUAUCCUUUUCAUUUGCACCCCUAGCCCCAACUAAGAAUUCUACAUGUACUCGUGCUCUUUCCAUGUAGGCGUCUGAUCCGAGUCCACCACCAAUGGCCGUCCCGAACCAUGCGCCUUGACCAAGAAAGGUUCAAAAUAGUCACACAGCCGGCGCAGACCAAAUUAUUGGUCAAAGAAAACGAAAGGAUAAACAAAAAAAGCCUCUCCCACUUCGAUUCUCUCUGCCGUCCCAGCCACCUCCUCAUCUACGCAAUGCGGAAAUGUCGCAGCCAAGAAGAAGAGCCAACUAUCUCUGAGACCGCAGCCAUGAAGUCCUUAGGCAUUCACCGGCUCCAUCACCCCCUGUGGGGCGCCCAGAGAAAUGGAAGCAACUCCAAUGUCUCAGCCACCCUCCUGGUGCUCAUCUCAUGCAACUUCGUCCUUCUACUCUCCAAGCUUAAUCCCUCACCCUCAGCUGAUAGCAAAGAAAUGGCAGUCGAACCCAUUAGCUUCCUCGGCUCAAGGCUCUCAGCGGUAGUCAUGGCCUACUUAUCAACUUUUACCUACGUCGGGAACCGCCUGUCUCUCCAAGAACUAUUCUUAAGAAUGCGGCACACAUGGCGGAGGCCUGCGAUCACUUUGAUGUACAUCGAGCUCUUUGCCACUGCCUCGGCUUCCCUUCUCUUGUUGCUUAGAGCCUUCGCGGGGGCAACAAGAGGCAUGUUUUUGGAGGCUCUGCUCUUUUCAGGCUCUGUUGCUUUGCUGUCAUGCUUGGGUCCGGUCUUGUUUGCUCAUUCUGAGAUUGCCUGCAAGCUGAGCAUAGUAGUUUCGGUCGUUGAAGAGGAUUGUGAAGGGAUGCAUGCACUCAAGCGGGCCCAAGAGCUAGUUAAAGGGAGGAUGCUUCAAGGAUUUAUUCUAACAAUUGCUAUGGCAGCUGUAGAGCAAGCACCAUUCGUGGUGUUUGGGUUCGAGAAGGGUGGUAAUUGGGGUAUCUUGAUGUUCAUUGUUGCUGGCCCGGUUCUUCUUGUGACGAAGUUUGCUACUUAUCUUGUUUACACCGUAUUUUACUAUGAGUGCAGGAACUUAACAGAAAAGGAGUGUCUACUUCAAGGCAAGAAUUGUAAAUUUGAUUUUGAAGUAUCGAGCAAGAGUGGUGGUGAGUUUUUAUAAUUUCAUGUUACCAUGAAACUUAAGUAAACAAGUAAUUCGAAAGGAAGGUCUGAGUUUUGAGUUCAAAGUUUCGUUCUUUAUUACUCAACCAGCUUCAGGUAUCAGAGGAGGUAACUGAGACUGUUGAAUUGCGAGGAGAUUGGAUAAUGAAGCCACUUUUAAUAAAAUAUCCGGGAAUUCUUUGAUUUGCUAUAGUCAUUUGCCAA